AUGGUCUACAUCAUGGAAAUCUACGCCGACGGUGGUUGUAGAGGCAAUGGACAACUGGGAGCGAUAGGAGCCGCUGCCGCUGCUUUCAAGAAAAAAAAUGGAAAAUAUGACUGCUGGACAAGGACCUUACCCUCAUACCCUCCGCCUACGAACCAGCGCGCCGAAAUGACAGCCAUCAUCGUGGCACUUGAGCAAGCCCUGGAGAAGUUUGAAGAGCUCGACAACAAUCCACGUCUGCAUGUCAGGAUCUAUUCUGAUUCUAGAUAUGCGGUUGAUUGUAUGACAAACUGGAUCUACAAGUGGGCCAACAACGGGUGGAUCAAUUCUGCAGGCAACAGUGUUGCGAAUCGAGACCUUCUGGAGGAGGCUUCUGAUCUUGAGGAUAGAUUGAAAGAGGAAGGAGAAGUGGACUACAUCUGGAUUCCGAGGGAGGCGAAUGAGGUUGCAGACAGACUAUGCAACGCGGACCUGGACGACCAACGAGACAUGGAUGUUACCUAUGCUUCCUAG